ACUUCCGCCCUCACCGGCGGGGACCUCAGCCUAGCGGAAAGCUCCUUGCCUGGAACGCAGAAGGCCUUCGCUGCUGCGGCCCCUGGGGACCCCUUCGCGACAGCUUCCUGGGGAGGGGGCUGAGGCCUGGCAGCGAGGACCCUGACGCCCCUUCGGGAGAGGAGUGGCUGCUAGGCCGCUCGCUUGCUCCUGGAAAGAUUUGGGGUUUGAGAGCCCUUGGUCAGGAGGCUCGCGCUGGCCGAGGCCCGAGAGCUGCACCCGCGAGACGAGACUAGCGAGGGCCGGGGAGACGGAGCGCAGGCGGCGGCCGGGUUCGAAGCACUUGCCGGCUGAACCACCUGCUGCUGAGGCUGAGCCCUGAGAGGCGGUUCGUGGCCCCCCAACCGGGGAAGGGGCGAAGCUUUGGGCAUCUGUCCCAUGCAAGGAUCCCAACGUCUGAAUCUCACCUCACUCCUCUCCCGCCUGUCACGAAUGGCCUGCGCCAAAGUAAUAAAUAUGUGAUAGGAAUGUCUUUCCGAGGCUGUGCUGGAGACUUCCCUGGCCGCACAGUGACCGUUCGUUCAGUGCCCCACGAUAAGCGACCCGAAACCCGGUCUGGCGCAGAGGCGCGCAAGGAGAGAGGUCUGUCCUUUCACUCUGUGAGUUGGGCAGCCUGACACGGUUAUUGUUAAUUGGCGGUAAAGUAUCUCGCGGUCCGUUAGUCUAUGUUUUUGUUCUUAUUUAUCACUGUGUAUGUCUUUGGGCUUCUCUUAACUUUGUAUGGCAGAUUAUUUUGAAAAAGUUUACCCUUGUGUUUGUCUCAGCUGUUUUAAAGGGGAUCUGCCGUCUAGGGAGUUCCCCUUGAAAAUCGGACCUUUGAGCAGUGACUUCUGUUUUGCCACCUGGGAACAACGUGUAAGGAAGUGGACUUAAGGUUCUCUCUCCCCAAGGGAAGAAGCACAGUGGAAAAAUCACCAGUGACUUCUGGCCUGAAAAGCCCUUAAUUUACCUGCUUCGACAAUUACUGCCCUUUCUGACCCAGUUCUUUCCCUGCAGACAUAGUAGAGACGGGGUUUCACCAUAUUGGCCAGGCUGGUCUCGAACUCCUGACUUCGUGAUCCGCCCGCCUCGACCUCCCAAAGUGCUAGGAUUACAGGAAGUCAGGGACCCCAAACGGAGGGACCGGCUGAAGCCAUGACAGAAGAACGUGGAUUGUGAAGAUUUCAUGGACAUUUAUUAGUUCCCCAAAUUAAUACUUUUAUAAUUUCUUAUGCCUGUCUUUACUGCAAUCUCUAAACAUAAAUUAUGAAGAUUUCAUGGACACUUAUCACUUCCCCAAUCAAUACCCUUGUGAUUUCCUAUGCCUGUCUUUACUUUAAUCUCUUAAUCCUGUCAUAAGCUGAGGAGGAUGUAUGUUGCCUCAGGACCCUGUGAUAAUUGCGUUAACUGCACAAAUUGUAGAGCAUGUGUGUUUAAACAAUGUGAAAUCUGGGCAUCUUGAAAAAAGAACAGGAUAACAGCAAUGUUUAGGAAACAAGAGAGAUAACCUUAAACUCUGACCUCCGGUGAGCUGGGUGGAACAGAGCCAUAUUUCUCUUCUUUCAAAAGCAAAUGGGAGAAAUAUCACUGAAUUAUUUUUCUCAGCAAGGAAUAUCCCUGGGAAAGAGAAUACACGCCUGAGGGUGGGUCUCUGAAAUGGCCCCCUUGGGUGUGGCCGUCUUCUAUGGUUGAAACUGUAGGGGUGAAAUAAAUCCCAGUCUCCCAUAGCACUCCCAGGCUUAUUAGGAAGAGGAAAUUCCCGCCUAAUAAAUUUUGGUCAGACCGGUUGCUCUCAAAACCCUGUCUCCUGAUAAGAUGUUAUCAAUGACAAUGGUGCCCGAAACUUCAUUAGCAAUUUUAAUUUCGCCCCAGUCCUGUGGUCCUGUGAUCUCGCCCUGCCUCCAUUUGCCUUGUGAUAUUCUAUUACCUUGUGAAGUACGUGAUCUCUGUGACCCACACCUAUUCGUACGUACACUCCCUCCCCUUUUACAAGUCCCUAAUAAAAACUUGCUGGUUUUGCGGCUUGUGGGGCAUUACGGAAUCUACUGACAUGUGAUCUCUCCCCCAGAUGCCCAGCUUUAAAAUUUCUCUCUUUUGUACUCUGUCCCUUUAUUUCUCAAACUGGCCAAUGCUUAGGGAAAAUAGAAAAGAACCUACGUGACUAUUGGGGCAGGUUCCCCGAUAAUCUUCCUUACCCAUGCAGCUUAGAUUCCGCAUUCCAUCAUUUCAGCCACAUUCUUGCGUAUGUUCUUGAUGCCCCUCUCCCAUUGUUUCAUUGCAGCUGCCAAGCAAAACCCUAAAUCAUCCAUCAACAUUCAAGUACCUAUAACCAAGAUGCUAAAAGAAUCACAACACUAUAUGUGUCUAUGGACUAGUUGUUCUCCAACCUCAGUUGGGCCCUCAAUGCUGCUCAUUUUCUAAACCAGCUCUUUUCUGUUCUCCACACUUCAUCUGUCUUUUCAUCAUUUGACCUCCCUAUAUAGCUUAGUGGGAGAUGCAAGCAAGAGAAGCGAUUACAGACACUAUGUUAGGUGCUGCAACAGACAAAGUAUUGGGCCUGUGGGAGCACCCAGGAAGAAGGAAUAUCUAACUGAAGUUUGAGCAGUCAGUUAAGCCUUCUUUAAAACAGCUCCACAAGGCGCGGUGGCUCACGGCUGUAAUCCCAGCACUUUGGGAGGCUGAGGCAGGCAGAUCACCUGAGGUUGGGAGUUCGAGACCAGCCUGACCAACAUGGAGAAAUCCCGUCUCUACUAAAAAAUACAAAAUUAGCCGGGCGUGGUGGUGCAUGCCUGUAAUCCCAGCUACUUGGGAGGCUGAGGCAGGAGAAUGGCUUGAACGCGGGAGGUGGAGGUUGUGGUGAGCCGAGAUUGUGCCAUUGCACUCCAGCCUGGGCAACAAGAGCGAAACUCCAUCUCAAAACAACAGACGGGGCGCGGUGGCUCAUGCCUAUAAUCCCAGCACUUUGGGAAGCUGAGGCGGGCAGAUCAGCUGAGGUCGGGAGUUCAAGACCUGCCUGACCAACAUGGAGAAACCCCGUCUCUACUAAACAUACAAAAUAGCUAGGCGUGGUGGUGCAUGUCUGUAAUCCCAGCUACUAGGGGGGAUAAGGCAAGAGAAUCGCUUGAACCUGGGAGCUGGAGGUUGUAGUAAGCCGAGAUCGUGCCAUUGUACCCAAAAAAAAAAAAAAAAAAAAAGCUCCUAUGCCAAGUUCUCAAGGAAGAUUUGGAGUCUGCCACAAAUACAGAAAAGCAGUUGUGGAUCAUUACGUGUGUGUUAAAAAAUAAAAUUGGGGAGGUAAGCAGGAUCAGACUUAAAGCUGUGUGAAAGAAUUUGGAUGGACUUGAUCUUAAAGAGAAUGGGGAGACACUGAAUUGUUUCAAAUGGAAAUAAAAUCAGAUUUAUGCUUUGGACUUGGGAUUAGGAGCAGUCUUUGGGAUUAGGACUUGAAAUUAGGAGCAGUCAGCAUAAAUGUCGUAUUGACACCAUGGGUAUGGACAAGAUUAAGGGAGGAUGUGAAGGUUUGAGAAAAUAAAGCUUGUGAUAGAACACUUGGGAUAUGAUUACGGGAUGGAUGGAGAAAGGGAUUAAGGGAUGGAUGGAGAAAGAUACAACUUCAGUGAAGGCUGAGGAAUGACCAGAAGGAUGUGGAGGAAAACUAGAGAGUUGUGGCUCAUAGAAGAUAAGGAUGCAUUUCAAGGUUAGAUUUUCCUAGAACGUGUUCAAUACCUUACAAUUGUAAUACUUUCACACUCGUAUUUCUCAUGCUGCAUUAUAAGCUCUAGGAUCAUAGUGUCUCUAUUGGCCUUAUUGAACCAAGGGGGCUGCAAUGGGCUCGGAAAGCCUUGAGUGUAUCAUUAAAGAGAUAAGUAGGAGAUAGCAGAGAUAAGUAGGAGAUAGCAGAGACAGGAUUUGAUGAAAGAUUGUAUGAGGACUGAGGAAGGAUUGAGGAAGGAGGAAGGGUCUGGCAUGACAUUUGGGUGACAUUUUAUCCAAGUAUUCAGCAUACUGUCUGGUACUUAGUAGGUACUCAUAUAUCAAUGAAAGGGCUGAUCUUUAGGAGUUUCACCAGACUGUGGAAGUUGCCUCUGGGAAUGAGUAUGUUUCCAACUGCACUUCAUUCUCAAGUUUUGUGGCCAACGAUGGAUAGGAGGUGGAUUGUGAUGUAUUCGGAAUAUGGGACCUUGAGGAGUUCCGUAACCAAAAGGAGAAAGUAACAACAGCCAGUGGAGACAAAAAGAACUGCUUCUCUUUCUUUCCCCCUCCAAGUUCCUAGUGGAGGGCUGAGUCCAGCAUCCCAGACUCGUGUGACUAUAUAGACAAGCAUUUGGAGACCUACUUCACUUUGAUACCCUAGCCUUCGGCAGCUCAAGGUGUUGGCCUUUGGAUAGGAGGCUUCCAAGUAGUAAAGCUCCCUGCUCUCAGCAAGCCCAACACCAUGGGGAAGGGAGAUGUCUUAGAGGCAGCACCAACCAUCACAGCCUACCAUUCCCUCAUGGAUGAAUAUGGUUAUGAGGUGGGCAAGGCCAUUGGCCAUGGCUCCUAUGGGUCAGUAUAUGAGGCUUUCUACACAAAGCAGAAGGUCAUGUUGGCAGUCAAGAUCAUCUCAAAGAAGAAGGCCUCUGAUGACUAUCUUAACAAGUUCCUGCCCCGUGAAAUACAGGUAAUGAAAGUCUUGCGGCACAAGUACCUCAUCAACUUCUAUCAGGCCAUUGAGAGCACAUCUCGAGUAUACAUCAUUCUGGAGCUGGCUCAGGGUGGUGACGUCCUUGAAUGGAUCCAGCGCUACGGGGCCUGCUCUGAGCCCCUUGCUGGCAAGUGGUUCUCCCAGCUGACCCUGGGCAUUGCCUACCUGCACAGCAAGAGCAUCGUGCACCGGGACUUAAAGUUGGAGAACCUGUUGCUGGACAAGUGGGAGAAUGUGAAGAUAUCAGACUUUGGCUUCGCCAAGAUGGUGCCUUCUAACCAGCCUGUGGAUUCUAGCCCUUCUUACCGCCAAGUGAACUGCUUUUCCCACUUCAGCCAGACUUACUGUGGCAGCUUUGCUUAUGCUUGCCCGGAGAUCUUACGAGGCUUGCCCUACAACCCUUUCCUGUCUGACACCUGGAGCAUGGGCAUCAUCCUUUACACUCUAGUGGUCGCCCAUCUGCCCUUUGAUGACACCAAUCUCAAAAAGCUGCUAAGAGAGACUCAGAAGGAGGUCACUUUCCCAGCUAACCAUACCAUCUCCCAGGAGUGCAAGAACUUGAUCCUCCAGAUGCUACGCCAAGCCACUAAGCGUGCCACCAUUCUGGACAUCAUCAAGGAUCGCUGGGUGCUCAAGUUCCAGCCUGAGCAACCCACCCAUGAGAUCAGGCUGCUUGAGGCCAUGUGCCAGCUCCACAACACCACUAAACAGCACCAAUCCUUGGAAAUUAUGACCUGAAAAUGGCUGAAGGAGGGGGCUAAGAGAGGAGCAAAGCAGGAGGUCUUGGGCUAAAAAUCUUUUAUACCAAAAAUAAAUCUAAGUCUGAUUUAGUUUCAUCAACUGGGGUCAAAGACAUUCUUUUCUCAAGGCAAUCUUAUAGCAGGGAACAUUGCUGGAGUAAGAGAUAGAUUUCUGCCCAGAGCCUGUAACCAAUA